AAUCAACGUUUGACUCUAGUCCAAUGUCGUGCGUCCUUGCACUCGUAUCUAGGAAGUCUUCCGGAAGCGCGAUAAAAACGAAAAUGUGAUGUGGAAUUGUUUGAGUAAAGUAAUUCUUUUGUGCGCGACGCAAGAAAGAGCCGAAUAUGGCCUCCUGGGCGCGACCACCUCGACACCUAGCGAUCACCGAGUCGUGAAGAUUAAUUCUGAAAACAAUUCAUUGGAAAAACAUUUCGUUAGCAAUCGAAUCGUAUCGCACAAGUAUACGAUAUGGAACUUUAUUCCAAAAAAUCUCUUCGAGCAAUUCCGGCGUGUGGCGAAUAUUUAUUUCCUGAUCACGACGAUAAUCGCGGUAGCGAUAGAAUCGCCGAUUUCCCCGUUAACUAGCGCUUUACCUCUAUUCUUUGUCAUCCUGGUGACCGCGUGUAAACAGGGAUACGAAGAUUAUCUACGUUACAAAACGGAUAAGCGAGAUAAUCGGAGGUCAGUCAGUGUCAUCCGUAACAAAUGUACGCAGGACAUAUAUUGCGAGCAAAUAGUGGUGGGCGAUCUGGUGAAAGUCUCUCGGAACGAGGAUGUGCCCUGCGAUAUCGUCCUGCUCUAUAGCGAGACUCCGGGAUGUUGUUACGUCACGACGUCCAAUCUCGACGGCGAAACAAACUUAAAGACGUUACACGUCCCGAAAGUGGUCUCGGCGAUGCCGCUUCCGCAGAUAGUGGCAAUGCAAGCGUCGAUUACGUGCCAGCAACCCUUGGCCAAUCUUUACACCUUCCACGGCAAGCUCGAGAUUAAAGACGGCAGCGAGACGACUAGCGGGCAACUGACAGUAGAGAAUCUUAUGCUGCGCGGAUCUAGACUGAAAGACACCGAAUAUGUGGUCGGCUGCGCGGUUUACACCGGGCAGGAUACAAAAUUGUCGCUCAAUUCAAAGACAGUCAGCAAUAAAUUCUCCACUGCCGAGAAAUCUAUCAAUAAGUAUAUUAUUGUAUAUAUCGUGAUACUGUUGAUUGAAGUGUUGGUGUGCACCAUGCUGAAGCUAUACAUUGAAACCUACCAAGAAUGGGACCGUUACCUAGGUCCACAACCUAAAAUCAAUUUUUCCUCGUUAAUUACGGAUAUUCUGAGCUUUCUUAUCUUAUUCAAUUACAUCGUGCCGAUAUCAUUAUACACCACCGCUGAAUUGCAAAAGUUUCUUGGCUCUUUUUUCUUCGGCUGGGACUUGGAUAUGUACGACAAGACCAACGAUCAGCCGGCGCUCGCCAAUACGUCAGACUUGAACGAAGAGCUUGGCCAGGUUGAAUUUCUGUUUACCGACAAGACCGGCACGCUCACAGAAAAUCUGAUGGUGUUCAGACGCUGCUCGGUCAACGGCAACGUGUAUAUGGAGAAGGAUUGCGACGGAAAUCUGUACUUAUUGCCAUCAAGCGGAAACGAGCAAGAGGCUGUCAAAAUAUCAUCGUGGGAGGCUGAAAUUUGGCAUUUCGUGAUAAGUCUAUCGCUAUGCCACAUAGUGCAAAUUGCACCGCCGAGCCACCGUCCCGAGAUUAUAGCCAGACGCACUCUGUUCCGUGAGAGCUUCAGAUUGAAAAAAAUCACGAGAGUCAACAGCUCGCUGAUGAUGCAUCCGGAUCUGCCGGAAUAUCAGGCGGCGUCGGCAGACGAGAAGGCGUUGGUGGAGGCGAGCGCCAGGUGCGGCGUUGUUUUACAAAAGAAUACUAACGAGGAGAUGCACAUCAAGAUCAACAAGAGCAAUCUGAUCUUCGAGAAACUGGAGAUACUGGAGUUCACCUCUGAACGCAAGAGGAUGUCAGUAAUAGUGAAAGACUCGUCGGAGGAUAUCUGGCUAUACUGCAAGGGUGCAGAUUCGGCACUUCUGCCAUUGAUAGUUGAAGGACAGAUACAAAAGGCCACUACCCACGUCGCCGAUUUCUCUAUGAGAGGUCUGCGAACGUUGGUAGUGGCGUGCAAAAAGAUGCAGUAUUCCGAGUACGAAAGCCUGAUGCAGAACAUCGAGCAGGCUAGACAGAUAAUCGGUACGGAGAGAGAGACGCAUUUAACGCGAGCGUACAAUCUUAUGGAGAGCGGCCUCACCUUGCUCGGAGUAACUGCGGUAGAGGAUCGCCUGCAGGACAAAGUGGAAGAGACCUUGGAAUGCUUACGAGUCGCUGGCAUCAAAAUAUGGGUGCUUACUGGAGAUAAGGCAGAGACUGCGGAGAACAUCGCUUUCUUGUGCGGCCAUUUCAAGAAGGGUACCGAAAUUCUAAGACUGACGGACGAAACCUCAGUGCAAACCUGCUUCCUGGUUCUCACAAGUUUCGAACGGAAAAUAAAACUAGAACCGUACAAGCAGUACGGGUUGAUAAUAGACGGUGUGAGCAUAGCGGCGACGUUACGAAAUUGUCCACAAUUAUUCAAAUCCGUCGCAAUGACCUGCGAGGCGGUUGUCUGUUGUAGGCUGACGCCCCUGCAAAAGAGCGAGAUUGUGCAUCUAAUAAAAACGUCACGGAGCCGUCCGCACACCGCGGCCAUCGGCGACGGUGGUAAUGAUGUCUCGAUGAUACAGGAAGCGCACGUAGGUAUCGGAAUAAUGGGGAAAGAGGGCCGUCAGGCGUCGAUAUCCGCUGACUUCGCCUUCACGAAGUUUAAGUAUCUGAGAAAAGCGUUGCUGGUGCACGGACACUGGUAUUACCUGCGCAUCGCCAUCCAGACGCAGUUUUUCUUCUACAAAAACGUGGUGUUCAUAACGCCGCAGGUGCUGUUCAGCAUACACAAUGGUUUCUCCACGCAGGAACUUUAUGACGGUAUGUUUCUAAUGGGUUUUAACUUAAUAUUCACUUCGUUUCCGGUAUUGAUUUACGCAUUACUAGAACAGAAUUACAACGCGAAGAAGCUUAUGGAGCAUCCGUACUUGUAUAAACUAAAUAGAAACAAUUAUUUAAUGUCAAGACAACAAUUCAUGGCGUGGCUGCUCUUAGGAUUAUGGCAUACAGGCGUAACGUAUUUUACAGUGUUUGCUGUGACGUAUAUAAAUCCUACGUAUUUGUAUGACAACACCUCGGUUGACCAUUGGACUUACAGCACAUGCAUUUUUCAUAUAGUCACUUUGCUAGCAAAUCUGCAGAUAUUAUUGCGCAGUUCGUAUUGGACAAUCCCACUCGUUCUAAGCGUAGUACUGUCUGAAUUAGUAUUUUUCGUAACUUCUUUUUGCUAUUCAAUCCUAAAUAUGAAAUACGAUGGCGAUAUGUAUGGGGUCUUCCCAAUAUUAUUAAAGUCGCCUUCGUUCUGGUUAAUUACUGUACUUAUCGUCGUUACUUGCUUAAUACCUGAUUAUUUAUGGCUGACGUAUAACACGUACAAACCACUGAAAAUCCUUCGUAGAAACGAGGAGCCCCCGAGAAUUAUCAGUUCCAGCGACGAUGACGACAGCGAAUACAGUGCAUGCCAAACGGGACGUCGCAUGUUUCCAUGGAGAGCUAACGUUUCACUGCAAAGAACUAAAUAAAUAAUACGUUGGAGAAGCAGCCACUUAAGCGCUUCAGUAUUAUUAAUGUGAACGAAGAUGUGAAUAUCUGACAGUACCUCAUUUACGAUUUUAUGUUAUAGAUACAAUUUAAGUCGCUGAAACGACUGACUGCGUCAUAUUAUUAAAUAAGCGUAAUUGUCAAUUAAUAUGAUAAACUCAGUCAAGACUUUGCUAUACUAAUUAAUUGACAUCGAAACACUUUUUAACGUUUUUACAAGCCUUGAAUAAGUCUAAAGAUCAUCAUUUACAUACCUAGAUUAUUUUCUACAAUACAAUAUUCAGAGAAAAAUAAUAUAGCAAAAUUUUAAUAAUACAAGAGGAAGAAGUGUUCUCGCGUGAAUGUUGAACUAUGCAUAAUCGUCGCAAAUUGUUACAGUUUAUAGCGAGACACUAUAUAGUCCUUAAAAUUAAUUUCUGUACAAAGAUAGGUAGCUAUGCAUUGUGAUAACACAGACAUAAGCAAAUCCAAUAUAGCUACUUGUCUAUUUGCGAGUGCACGAACAAUCAUAAUUAUGUAAUACAUUCAUUAAUUUAUGUAAUAUAAUUAUCUGCAAGUUUACUGAAUGCGUAACACUUUUAACAAAACCUAUAGUGCAAUAGAUAUUAGCAAAUCUUAUCUAAAAGAGAGAGAUUACUUCUACUUAUAAUUAAGCUUUUUUAAAUUACUUUUUUUAAAGAAAGUUUGUAAAAUGUAUAUGUAUAUAUGAGAUCGAAUAUGUAUGGGGCAUUCCACGCCAAUUCGCAAGGGGUCAAACUUCGACCUUUUUAUUUUUGAUGGCCGCUCGUUUUUUAACAGGUCUUUACGAGUAUUAGACCCCUGUUAAAUCGUUUCUAUAAUAAAUGUAGCGUUUCCGAAAUAGAGCCUGCGCAAAAUGAGGACUGCAAAAUUUUCAAUGAAUUUUUUCGCUUAUUAGACAAC